AUGGCGCCCUAUGCGCCCGGCGGGAACAUCGACGUCACCGCCCGCAUCAUCGCCGACAAGCUGCGUGAGGUGACGGGCACCACCGUCAUCGUCGAGAACAAGGCCGGCGCCAGCGGCAUGAUCGGCAGCGACAUCGUCGCGCCGCUCCGGCCCCGACGGCACAGCCUGCUGGUCACGGCCAACUCGCUGGUCGCGGUGCCCGCCAUCUACGGCAACGCGCCCUACGACUGGCGCACGGCCUUCACCCCGAUCAGCCAUAUCCAGCGCGUGCCGGCCGUCCUGGUCGUGCCGCCCGACUCGCCGAUCAAGACCCUGGCGGACUUCAUCGCGAUGGGUAAGGACGGCAAGUUCCCGGUCGCCGAUUCCGGCGUCGGCACCACCAACCAUAUCGCCAUCGAGCUGAUCGGCGAGGCGACCAACACCAAGUACACGCUGGUCCACUACAAGGGAUCGGGGUCCGCCAUGAUCGACGUGAUGGCGGGCCAGGUGCCGGCCCAGGUCGACCAGCUCAACGCCGCCAUCGGCAACAUCAAGUCGGGCAAGCUGCGCGCCAUCGCCGUCACGUCCGACAAGCGCGUGCCGCAGCUCCCCGACGUGCCGACCUUCAAGGAAAGCGGCGUGAAGGGUCUCGAGAACUUCACCUUCGCGACUUUCACCGGCCUGUUCGGCCCGGCCAAGAUGCCGCCGGAGGUCGUGGCGAAGCUCAACGAAGCGAUGGUCAAGGUCCUCAAGGACCCCGCCGUGGUCGCGCGCUUCGCCGACCUCACGGCCGAGGCCUAUCCGACCACGCCGCAGGAGACCGCGGCGAUGUUCGACGCCGAGGACAAG